CCCUGAUCAGGCAGUAUGCUCUGCAAUAGGAGACUUGGGAGCAGGGAGGGGAGAGCAAGCUCCUGGCAGAAAAGAUGAGCACAGAGAGGAGACCCAGGCCUGGAGUUCUCCUCGUUAGACAGCGCUGUGAAGAGCACAAGAUUCUGUGCCAGACCUCUACUGAGUGGCACUGUGUCCUGGAGACACCGGAGAGUAAAGCACAGGCCUGGAUGUGCUGCCCUGUGGGCUGGAAGCCCUUCCAUACCAGCUGCUACUACUUGUCCUCUGACACCAAACCCUGGGGUGAGAGCCAGAAAAACUGCACAGGAAUGGGGUCCCACCUGGUGGUGAUCAGCACCGAGGCUGAGCAGAAUUUCCUGCUCAGUUGGGUAAAAGAUGUUACAGACAGACAAAGCAAGGACUCUAUCAAGGAUUUCCUGCUCAAUUUGUUAAAAGGAACUAUUACAGGCAGGCAAGAGAGGAGUUACUACAUUGGUCUCAGUUCCCAGAAGGUGGAAGGCCAAUGGCACUGGGUGGAUCAGACCCCGUAUAACCAGGCCACAACGUUUUGGAGGCCUAAGGAACCAAGUUUCCUCGACAAUGAGACAUGCACUGUCUUCCACAUGGAUAUAAAUCAACAAGGGAACAGGAACUGGAAAAAUAACCCUUGUACCCAUGAUUUUUAUCGAAUUUGUGAGACUACAGCAGCCAAUAUUUGAGGAGAAAGCCCUUCCCAUGUGGGGUCUGAAAGCAGAGAGAGGUGGUCGCUUUCCUUGGGCAGCUCCCAGGGAGAUGGACAGGGGGUUUGAAUGUACCCUGGAAGCUGGGACUGUAGGUUUACAGGGGGUGUUGGGGAGGAGGUUCCUGGGCAGUAGCCUGAAUUCAUCAUCAGUAAAAGCUCUUAGAAAAAAAUCCUAAUGGCUAAAACACGUGUAUAGUGGAAAAAGCCAGCUUCCAACAAAACUCUGCUUGUAAUAUCAACAAAACUGCCCAUGAUAUCACCCUAGGAGGGCAAUGGAAAAGUGGGGUAGAGGGGAAGGGCUGGAGGCAUUGCCAAGGAAGUGCUGAAGACAAUCACCAUUCACUAUAUGAAACCAGCCUGUGCCCCCACUCUCCCCUCCCCAGAGUCCCUUGGAAUGGUCUACUGGGGGAAGAGCUUUGCACAGAGGUAAAGGGGAAGCUCUAGCUUUGCUUACUGAAUACUGGGAGAGGAGCUGUGCCCUUCUCUGUACAAACUACUGACUGACCCUAGCAUUGACCAAUACAGAUAAGGAAUUUUGUCUGCUUUGUUUGUCUUUAGCUGGUUGUGAAGGAUUUCCCAGCUGGGGAAGGGAAGGAAUGGGGCAGAGAUGAGGCAACAUUUCUGGGGAAAUGACAGAUGCUGCUCUGCUCUUCUGUGGUGCCACAGCCUUGAGCAGCAUGCAUGCAUCGCUCCUCCAACCAAGUAUAUGUUGGUGGGCUGAGAGGAGGCAUGCUUAAGGGACAUGGGGCCAGAUCUCAGUGGAGCCCUAUGUUCCCCAUGACCUGAAGGCUUAGGAGGGCAGGGCUCUCUGCUCCUCUGCUGGGGAGGACAGGAAAAGCCAGCUCUGUCCAGCCUCGUUCCCGUGCUGAUGACCCAGAAUCCUGCUGUUCAGGCAUUGUGGUGGUGUUGGGCAUUGGCCAAGUGUUAAGUGUAUUUGUGAUGGUGAUGGCUAUCUGUACUGUGUGCUGAGAGGGCAGGGAUCUCAGUGUGCCCUGAAUAGAGAGUCCCCAAGAGAGCAGUAGCUCUGCAUUAUGGCUGGGUAGAGACACUGGGUUCCAAGGCAAAAGUGCCUAGUCAGAGAGUGGGAGCUGUGCAUUCAGAAGCAGAGCAGUG